GGUUAUGACAACACGAACCUGCAGGUGGCGCCAGAAACACCCCAGAGAAGUGGUUUCUUCAUCCGGGUCAUGCGCUCUCUCUUUCCUGUCGGCCAUCCGUCGUUACGAUUUGUAGGCGACCACCUGUACACACCUGUAAACAUGCAGAACGACGCUGGUGAAUUCGUGGACCUGUACGUCCCACGUAAAUGCUCUGCCAGCAACAGAAUCAUCGGAGCCAAGGACCAUGCCUCCAUCCAGAUCAACAUUGCCGAGGUCGACAAGGUGACUGGUCGCUUCAAUGGUCAGUUCAAGACCUACGCUAUCUGCGGCGCCAUCCGCAGGAUGGGUGAGUCUGAUGACUCCAUCCUGAGGCUGGCGAAGAAUGACUCCGUUGUUGCAAAGAACUUCUAAGUGACUCUGGAUCUGUGGAAACUUUGUAAAAUAAAACAAUGAAAAAAAA